CUUUUCCUUCAACUCACCUUUACGGUCUCUUCAAUUCUUAAUAUCUGGCUAGUCCAGCUUUCAGAGCGCUAGUCGCCUACACCACUCCCUCACGUAUUCGCAUAGUAAUAAUUCACCUGAAAAUCUACUCGAGGUCAACAUCGCCGCUAUGUACUUCUCAAAAGCUUUCCUCGUAUCCGCCCUGGUUGGCUUCGCGACAGCACAAUCAGCAUCAUCACAAUCUAUCGCAGCCUCAGAGACUCCUGCCUCGAUGGCAAACUCUACAGGGCCUGCGCCUUCAUCAUCGACUUCGACACCAUCGGGUGGUAGCCUCGUCACACACACGAUCCAGGUCGGAGGGCCGAACGGGUCGCUUGCGUUCUUCCCCAACAACAUCCAGGCAAAUGCCGGAGACAUGGUCCAGUUCCAGUUCCACCCAAAGAACCACUCCGUAGUCCAGUCGACCUUUGACAACCCAUGUGUACCCAUCCAGAACAUUAUGGCGAACAAGACAGAUGCUUUCUUCUCGGGUUUCAUGCCUACCACGGCUGCUGCCAACUCGACAUCCCAGCUCCUGACAUACACCAUCCGUGUUCCCGACAGCAAGCCCAUCUGGUUCUACUGCUCACAGGCCAAGCACUGCCAGGGUGGUAUGGUUGGAGCCAUUAAUGCUCCUGCUUCCGGCGAAAAGACCAUGCAAGCUUUCAGCGCGCUCGCUGCUCAAGCUUCCGAAAACCUCAGCCCCGGUCAAUCUUCUGGCUCUGGUGGCAGUGGCAGCGGAUCUGCAUCACCCUCCGGAUCAGGCGCGGCAUCUGGAGCACCUGGAUCAACACCCACACUCGGCGCCGGUGCAUCAGGCACAAUCCCCAACCCGGCACAGAACACUGUCAAUGCUGCACCUGCGCUCAACAGCCAGUCGUUCUUCGGCCUCGGCGCUGCUGCUUUCGCCGUCCUUGCUUUGUGGUAAAAGACGGAAGCCGAUUUGCUAUUUGCGCGUUGUGGAG